GUACAUCAGUAUUAUCGUACAGACCUAAAGCUCAGGACAAGUUACUCUCAUGUACUCUUCAAAGUUUGGAGAUUUUCUCGUGCUCUCUACAAGCGGAGGAAGAAACAGCCCUGUCAAUUGUAGAUCCAAUGUCGGUCACUAUAGAGCUGAUUCCAAAACCCUCUACCUAUUGUUAAACCCUAACACAUUUACAGCCGGACUGGUUGAUGCGGCAGAAUUUGAUCUCAAACAAAUGCUUCUAGACAUAAACUGUAACACGAUGAAUGUAAGAUUGUCAUACCAGGAUAUGAAGAUGUUUCUGGCUAUAAUGGAUUCUCUACCUAAACAAGCAUUACAAGCUAAUAAAACAGCUGAGUCACCAGUGUCACAGUUCACAGAAGCACAGAUGACAAAGUUAAUGGAUAUGAACUUCAGUCGAGAGGAUUGUUUGAAAUCUUUGAAGUUAAACAAGGACAAUCUGGAGGAAGCUGCUGUAUGGUUGACAGAUAAUGCUAAAGUGGUUAAACCAAAGAAAGAUGAUCCUAAAAUAACAGCUGUUGAGGUAAAUAUGACAACAUUCUGCCUAUGCCUUAUAGAUGAUUGUUUAGAUGCAGAUGUUCCUCUAAUACAGCUCAACUUCUUUGGUAUGGAUCUGAAAUAUGAACCUGGUAGGGAAGGUAAAGCCGGGUUCCAGAUAGCAGGGGAUUACUAUAACAGGACACUGUCAGGAUGGGAACCACUCAUUGAACAAUGGAGGUGUCAUGCCCAAUGGAAGAACUAUAAACAAGCAGAGGAAAAGCUAGCCAUAGAAAUUUCAGCUCCUGAUGUAUUGAACAUCAAUGCAACUAGUACAUUGUUAGAACUAUACAAUAUGACCAAGGAUAAAUGGACAGAAGAUUACUACAAACAUAAAGAUGGAUCUCAGAAGGAACUAUACUCACCUAGUGGAGCUAGAAGACGUCAGCUGUUUACACCAUAUGCUGUACGUAACCAUACUGGAUCUCCAGUCUGGUUUGCACCAGUCACUGUUAACCCGUCCCUGGUCGGGGCAGACACCCUGAAAUACUCAGAGCAAAGAUUUAAUGAAUCUGAAAUGAUAUAUGUGCCUCCGAAUCAGGAAAAAACUUUCAGCUUCCAGAGGAAAGAUAAGAUAAGACACAAGAAAUCCAGCUCAUUGGUUGUGAAUCAACUGAUUGUGAAAGUAGAUGGAUGGCAGGGAUUACGUCCAGUGUCAGUGGACAAAGUUGGCAUCUACUUCAGAAAUACCCUACCAAAUGUUAGCAAACCUUCCAUCAUUAAAGUGAAUGAUCAGCAACAGGCUAGGAUUGUGUUUGAUAUCCAGCAAGAGGGCAGUGCCAGGAAGGUGAUCACUCUAAGGUCAGCACUCAUGGUGUCUAACCGACUUGACACCCCUAUAGAGUUAAAGAUGGACAACCCUAUUAUUCCAGGCCGCUAUGAUUACAUCACUGUAAAUUCUUGUCAACAAAAGUCAAUUCCUAUGCCAUUUGUGUCAUCCAGACUCUGGAUAAGGCCUAGUGAUUGGCCGGUGGAACAUUCAAAUGAACCAAUCAACUGGCAGCACAUUGGUAAACCAGGAGAAGUAAAAACAACUUUGAGAGAAUGUAAAAUGCCUGACACAGAUGCAGUUUUUAGAUUUUGUGCUGCUGUAAGGCGAGAAAAUUUUCCAGAAGAAUCAGUACAAAGAGGGUUGUCUCCCCUACCUGGCCAUACAGUAGUGAUUAUGCCCCCUGUCACUGUAGUAAACCUGCUUCCAAUAGAUCUAACAUUUUACUUCAAGAAUACAGACAUAUAUGGAAAUGUUAAACCAGGAAAGAAGGCACAAAUACCUGCAGCUGAUUUAAGUAGCCAACUGGAGCUGGGUAUAAGUUUGGAGAAUUUCCAGGUAUGCCGAGAACUGGUUAUACCAUCUGGUACGCGAAGUUACAAGGUUAAAUUGCGAUUGUAUGACUCUGAGAGAAGAUUGCUGGAACUUUAUGUGAGGAUAUUGUGUAAACUUGGUGGUUCUUUGAAGUUGGUAAUCAGUGCUCCAUACUGGAUAGUAAACAAAUCAGGUUUACCACUGGUAUUUCGCCAGGAUGGGUCAACAGAGGAAGCUGCCGGACAGUUUGAGGAGAAUGAAAUGGCCAGGAUUGUCUCCCCUUUCUUGUUCAGUUUUACCGACAAGGAAAACCCCUAUUUGUGUGAAAUGAGAGUGGGAAAACACAAGCAUGGACCCAACACAAUACCUAUAUGGAGUAACAGUUUUUCACUAGACAAGGAAGCUAAUGUUUGCCAACUACACGUGACGCCUAAAGAUGGGAACCGCCCUGACUGGGUGUAUAACAUUGGUAUUGAGACAAAGCCAGGUAAAGGUCAGUUCCGGCACACAAGUAUUGUAACGUUAUCUCCCAGGUAUCAUGUAGAUAACAUGUCUGAACAUAAACUAGCUGUCGCACAGAGACAUUUCACUAAUAAAGAGGCUAUACACAAUCCAGAUGGUCACUUAACAGCAUUGCCCAAUUGUAAGAUGCCAUUUCAUUGGCCGCGGCAGGAUUUAGAUCAGUUGUUAUGUGUGAAGUUAUUGGACAUUGAGGAGAGUAAUUGGUCAGGUGGUUUCAGAAUUGAUUCAGUAAACUCCUUUCAUAUAAACAUGAGAGAUGGUCGCAAGAAUUCUAUUUUACUGAAGGUAGAAGUUCUGCUACAAGGUCAGACAUUCAGUAUAAUAUUUUCUGAUGCGGAAGAAACACCCCCACCUUUCAGGAUUGAUAACAUGUCAGAGGUACCAUUGCUAUAUUUCCAAACGAAGACAACAGAAGAGAGACUAAGAACAUUUAUUAGACCACAGACAAGUUUGCCAUAUGCCUGGGAUGAGCCUACCCUUGACCCGUAUAUGACGUUGGCAGUAGCUAAUGGUACAACAGCCACCUAUAACCUGGAUAUUCUCGGUGAAGGGGAGCAGCUCACCUACCAGAACUAUCUAUAUAUCUGUGCUACAGCUACAAUACCAAGUGGUGAUGGAUACAGUAAUAAGCGUACAGAUCUUGUUCUAGACUGUGAACAUAAUUAUGUGAAAUUCAGGAAAAAGGAGGCAGGUAAAAGAUCACAGUUAUGGCGUAUGACUAGCAGUGGUAUGUUAGA